CUUGUCUUCUUCUCAGGCAUAUCUGCCCCUGCAGUCUAUUUUGUGGACUACACAUCCCACUGUAUUUUCUUGGAGGACAUCGUGGGUUCCUCGACUGUGCGUGACCACAUCGCAUCUACUCAGCAGUCUGGUUCCUGUAAGGAGCUGGAGCGGCUGGCUGAGAAGGUGGGCCAGAUCCUGGCCAAAAUGCACGAUGAGGACGUCAUCCACGGGGACCUGACCACCUCCAACAUGUUGCUGAAAUGGGGCCGGGAGGACGGGGAGCCAGACCUGGUCCUCAUCGACUUCGGACUGAGUUACAUCUCUGCUCUGCCAGAGGAUAAGGGAGUGGACUUGUACGUGCUGGAGAAGGCUUUCCUCAGUACCCACCCCAACACAGAGGUGCUGUUUGAGAAGCUGCUGAAGAGCUACACAGCAUCAUCCAGGAAGUCGGCAGCCGUCAUUAAAAAGCUUGACGAGGUUCGGUUGAGAGGGAGGAAGAGGUCGAUGGUGGGAUGAUCCUUGCCGUGUACAGGGACAAGCCUAUCAGGGACAUGAUGUUCCUAAAAAACAAGUUAGAAUUACAAAGCUGUCAGUGUGCAGAAAGACUGUUGU